AUGGCCGCCCGAUCCCCAACCGGCGCCCCCGUCGAGGAACCCAAGCUCGGCGUACCCUCCCUAAACCCUCUGCCCCUCUCUGCCUCGCAAGAGGCUCAAGUGCGCGACAUUUACUACGCCCGCGUGCGAGCAGCAUGUGCUCCUGAAAUCAAAGCCUUUGCCGAAUGUGCCCUGGGCCGCACCCUCUCCAUUCCCUUCGUCUGCCGCACGCCGCACCGGGCCAUGAACUCCUGCAUGGUCUCCCACGCAACCCAGGCCGAGCAGGACGCCGCCCGCGAGGAUUGGUUCGCGCAGCGCCUCGAGCGCCAGCGCGAACGCGAACGCAAGGCCCAGAAGAAGGCCGGUCAGGAAGAAUUCCUGCGCGAGUGGUGGGGUCUUCCCGAGAGGGACGCCGAGACGCGAAGGAGGGAGGAGGAGAAGGCCGCGCGGGCCGAGAGGGUCGGCGGCUACGCGGCGAGGAAUCGUGUGAGAUGGGAAGAGACGGAGGCGCCGCCGACAGUCGACGAGUCCAAGAAGAGGUAG